AUGGCCUUCAUUGUGUUAGCAUUCUAUUACCCAAAGGCAACAUUAUUUCGAUUUUGGUAUCAUCACCAUUUUAAGAUUGCUUUACCAAUUUUGAUUCAAAAUCAACAGCUGGAUGUUACGAGCUUAUUUAAUGUGCUCCUUAUCAUAUUGCUUACUAUUGUACUUUUAUCCUAUACCGAAAAAAUUGGAGAAAUUCAAAUCUAUACGGCUAUCAAAAUAUUUAAUUAUACUUUUAUCUUAAUUGCAUUUUCAAUACAUCACCUGAGCCAAUUCGUAUUCCUCAUAUGCUUGCUAGUCUAUGACGGCCUUAUAAUCCUGUAAGUUUUUGGAUUAUCAAUUGUCACAAAUUAAGAAUUUAUCAAAUUUUAAACCCUAACCUUAAUAUCAAUGACUCGUUUUAUUGUAUUUUUGAUGCUCUCUUUCAUUCAAGUCAAAGACCUAUUGCUAGUGCUCCCCCUUCUCUUAUAUUUAUCGAUUGUCAUUUUGAACAAGUACAUCCACCAUAGAAUCUAAUUGGUCUUGCAAGAGUAGCCAUUCAAAUUGAGUUCAAUGAUCCUAUUGCAAUUCACAUAUCAAUUAGGAUUGUACAUAGGAUUGCUGUACAUAUCUCAAAUACUUGUAAGUCAUUCCAAGGAUUGUAAUCGUCCAGAGUGCUUUUGCAACAAGGAAAUAUCAAUUAAUCAAGAGGAAACGUGGAAGAGUCCAAAAACUAUGUUAAGAUAAAGUCUUAAUGAGAUUCUGUGUGAAAUCGUGAGAUUGUAUAAGUUCUCGAAGAUGGACGAUUCAGAGGAAUAUGUAAUUAUAAAAUUAACUCACAAAGCUUCUCUUGUUAAGCAGAAUCGAAAUCGAAUACCGAAAUGAUAAACUCUUUGAAACCUUGAUCAGAAGUUCCAAACUGAGCAAAACUACUUUCUUUGGCUACACGAUAUUUCCGUAUUAAUUUCGAAUUCAAGGUCAUCGAGAUAUGUUUUAUCAUAAAUUGUAGUCUAAAAUAGAAGGGGUUAGACUCAAUAGUUAUAUUUAUUACACAUAUUGCAAUUUAGUUGAAUAGGUAGGACAAUUGAUUGUGAAACUAUUGAAUCAAAGACAACAGAUCUUAACAAUGUUCACAAUUCAAUACCAAAAUCCACUCUAUUAUUUGUACCAUAAUCGAUUGUUUCAGUAUAUCAGUUAAUACGAAAAGUGCGAAUCUUAAUUACAACAAAUUCUAAAACUAAAUCCGCAAUCUUGUGUUACAUAGAAUUUAGUAGAGGCUCUAUAUUCGAUGGUGACAUUUCAAGAAGAAAAACUAAAGUAAAUAGAAGUAAAUCAUAAUUUGAUGACUAUUUAAAUUGAUUCUCUUUGGUCAACUCUCAAUGAUCGACAAUGUUGCUAUGUGCAAUGCAAGUAUGAUAAAGGACUGGUUAUGAUCAAUCACUCAGUGCUUUUCACUUAAUUAAUGGAAGGUAAACAUGUUAAAUAAUCAAGAAAAUGGCAUUAAGUCUGACUUCGUGGGACAGUAUAUUGAUAAAUUGAUAUCAAGUCCAUUCAAGGAGGCUCAUCAUAUAUUUAUAUAGAGAUUAAUACAUGAGGGCAAACCAAGGUUGUUAAACAACGGAAUUUAAUAAUUUUUCAUAAAUACAAACAAGGGAUACUUGAGAUAAAUAGAUAGUUUAGUCAGACUUGGUUAAAGUAUGGAAUAUUUAACCUUUAUGACCAUUAUGGGAUAUAAAUAAGAGGAGACAUGUGGGAAGGUUCUAUUGAGCAGUCUUGGCAACAUAUAUUCUUAUUCGGAAUUGGCUGUGUAGCAAUUGCAUCUUGAUAAAAUAUUAAAAUUACAUAAUAAAGUGCAUAUCAAUUUGAAAUUGUGCAUACCAAAGUGUUCAAACUUGAAUGAAUUGAAUGAUGGAUUCAUUUUGAUUCCAAAGAUUAAUUUAGUCAAAUAGGAUUAAGUAUCAAAAUCAAUAUCAACAAGUAAACUUGAUUAAGUAGCAUUUUAUAAGUAUUUUCUAAAAUGUCCAAAAAAAUGUUAUGUGUUCUUUUCAAUCUACAAAUUCAGUAGUUCCACAUAUGAUGAUGGUAAUUUGCAAUUUGAAACGCUCUUCAUUUAUUAAUCCACUGAAAUCAAGGACCUGGAAUUAAAAAUGAUAGCCCUUGAAUUAAUGUUAAAGUAAGUUAUGUUAAACAAUCAAAUCUAAUAAGAAAACUAUUUUACUAGUUACACUUCCUUUAAAUCCAUCAUUCCUGAUAUCAAAUAAAAUGUACAGGCUCCUCAUAGUCAUAAGAGUAAUUCAUAAGAGAUUGAGAUCGAUGAUCGAGAUUUCAUUAUCAGUAAUGAGAGCAUUCACAUCUAAUAAGAACCACAGAAUGUUUAACUCUACCAAUUUAUGGGUUUAGAAUAAAAUGAAGUACUGAUAGAAUAGAAGAAUAACUAAGUUAAUCAUUCAUCCAUAAUUGCCAAUUCCUUCCAAACCCAAGAUUACUUGCUUUCAAGUAGGAGAUUGAACGAUCUCAGUGCUAGAGAUUCUAAAAGAGAAAGCUAACUCUUAAUUCAUUAAAAUCUGGCUAAUAUCCAGACCUUGUCACAUCAAGAGAAAAUAGUUUAAGGGGACGAUGAUGAAAUAGAGAUAGACUCUCCAGAAGAAAUGAAGGUUUAAGUGCAAAUGGAAAUUUCAAUUAAAGAUCUAACUGAAUCGUACUUGAAAGAAUAAACUGAUUGGAUUAGGUCUAUGUUGAGGUUAAAAAAAGGCUAAAUAGAAAAGAACUAGAAAUAGAAACUUACUACUUAUAAAAAGGCCUCGUUUAAUAAAUUACAUUUGGAAUAGCAACCAUCAUCAAUAAGAAGCACAGAUUCACAGAAAGGAUUGA